AUGGAGGCCUACUUCUCUCACAUCGCUCGGAAGAUCGACAAACUAAGAUUUUCUGAGCAAAUCCCGAAAUCAGUUGUAUUUGAAUUCUGCUCUGUCGGACUAUGGCGGGCUUGCUUGGCAGAGUUUAUCGGCACUAUGCUGUACGUGUUUCUAGGCUGUUCGUCAACAUUGUUGUGGGACGAUAGCCGCAUUCCUCAUGAAAUGCUGACUCCGUUCGUGUUCGGAUUAACGGAAGCCGGGAUGAUCGAAUACCUGUUCCACGUUUCCGGUGCUCACAUCAAUCCCGCAGUAUCGUUCGGAUUCCUCGUCUCAAUGGCUAUAACACCGCUGAGGACGCUGAUGUACAUCAUCUCUCAGUGCCUGGGAGCCACGGCCGCAGGUGCCAUACUUUAUGGAGGUCAUCUGGGUGCCCACUUGGUCAAUCCAAACCUCCACACCGUACAGGCAUUGGUCAUCGAGCUCAUCCUCACCUUUAUUCUCAUGUCUGUGAUCCUCGGAGCAGAGGAUUUCAACAAAGUCUCCUUCAGCACCUUCUCCCUUGUGAUCGGACUCACCGUGACGGCGUGUCUGCUCACUGCGAAGAAUUCCUCUGGCGGAGGGAUGAAUCCCGCACGUGCUCUGGGUCCCGCCAUUUUCUCGGGACACUGGGACCGACACUGGAUAUUCUGGGCAGGUCCUUUCACCGGUGCGGCGUUGGCGGUGGUUGUGUACAAAUAUAUGUUGGAUCCAUAUAGACACGCUAAGACCAUAGACCAGGUGGAGCAGGACAUUGUGGCACAACGCCCCCAGCUGGCUAUUCCACCAGACUUUGACGUGAUUGUCUCCCCUGCUCUCGCGAUAAGUCUCGAGGAGCGGGUGCGCAGUCGGCGCUGUUCAACCCACAACGGAAGGACAACGCCGCGGGUGUUACUGUCGUCCAGUGUCGGACGUCGGAAUAAUUUUGACUUCAGUCACGUGACUGACGCCUUACAGUCGUCUGUCUGA